AUGGCCAAAGAGUCCGACAAACGAAUGGAUCUGAAAACAAGAUUUGAGUCCGAAAUCGAAACCGUUUAUAACAACGCGAAUGUAUUGUCAGAAAUGCUAUUAUUUUAUUCAUCAAAUGAAAGCUCCGCUGAAGAGAAGGAUCUGAUGAGAGAGUUGUUUGAAAGUUGCGAACGAUUGAGAAUACGUUUAUUUAAAUUAGCCAAUGAUUUCACCGAAGAUGACCCCAAUCUGACCUCUCUUUUCAAUGCGAACGACGAGUUGACAAAAGUUAUUAACGCUUAUAAACAAAGGUUUGGAAUCGUAUCGAAAGUCAACUCCAAUAAUAGCGGUGCGCCUGAAAGCAAUCAAUUGAGUCUAUUGGACAUAACGGCACCGAUUGCUGGCUCUGAAAGCGUAUUGAAUGACGAGGAACUGCUUGACGAUCACAUCUAUUCCUUAACCCAUUCCGGUGUAAACGGCGCUAAAAAUAGUACUUUUGAUGAUUUACACGAAUUGAAAGAAAUAUUUUUGCAAAACAAGUCAGAGGUAUCGCCGCAUAAAAACCCGUUACCCAAUGAUAUACUACUUCCCGAUCCCAUCAGACCAUCCAAUUCUAACUCAAUAGUCACCGAUAGUGAGAAAAAGUCAAAAUCUGGUCCAAUGUCUGCGUUAGAAGAGCUCGACGUUCUGAGCGAGCAUUUAAUGAAAAGCAAUCUUUCGAGCGAUGAAUUCAAACAGAAAUACAAUCUCUUGAAUAGCGAUCAGCCAAAGACCUCAUUGAAUGAAUUGCAGAGAAUUCAGUCAAACGCCAGAAUCCUAAAGGAGAAGGAGAAGACUGAGACAAACGACUCGAUCCCUUCGCCGCUCACCGAUGUUAACGUUGCACUCGAUUCCAUAGAACCCAGUGAUACGAAACCCAUUCAUUUAUACGACAAAAACAAUGUUAAAGUCAUUUUGCAUUUGACAUCAAAUUCGCCCCGAAUUGACGUCAAAGUAGUUGUGAUUACAAUAGCGAAUACCAAUCAAUUUCCAGUCUCUAAUAUAAACUUUUUAGCCGCUGUUCCUAAGUCAAUGCGAGUGAAACUGCAGUCGAUGUCUCCGGGCAAUUGUCUGCCCCCUUACCGACCAUUUGUAGCGCCGACUGUCAUAACGCAAGUGAUGCUAAUCGCCAGAAACGUCAAUAAAGAUGAAAAUGUGAGACUAAAGUAUAAAUUCUCCUAUACUUUAAACAAUGAAUUGCAUUCAGAUAUUGGAGAAAUCGAUAGUCUAUUUGAAAACUGCAAC